AUGAGCGACCUUCCGACGGCGCGAGUCGCUCCAGCACGUCCAUUCUUGCGGACUGGAGUCGAUUACGCCGGGCCGAUCCUGAUCCGAACCACCAAGGGGAGAGGACACAAAUCGCUCAAAGGCUUCAUCGCCGUUUUCAUCUGCCUCACUACCAAGGCCGUACACCUGGAAGCCGCGUCGGAUUAUUCCACGGACGCAUUCCUCGCUGCAUUCCGGCGCUUCACUUCCCGUCGGGGCCUCUGCGAGGAGGUCUACUCGGAUUGCGGCACAAAUUUUGUCGGCGCCAACCGAGAAUUGCGACUCCUGUUCCAGGCGUCGUCAUCCGACGGCCGGCGCAUCGCCCACACAGCAGCGUCCAAUGGAAUACGGUGGAGAUUCAAUCCGCCGGCGGCACCUCACUUCGGCGGGCUUUGGGAGGCAGCGGUGAAGUCCACCAAACACCACCUGCGAAGAGUUCUAGGCGACACGACCCUCACCUUCGAGGAAAUGUCGACAUUCCUCGCUCAGGUGGAGGCGUGCCUCAACUCUCGUCCACUUCAGGCGCUGUCCGAUGACCACGACGACUUAACGGCGCUCACUCCGGGUCAUUUUCUAAUCGGGGCUCCUCUGCUGGCAGUGCCCGAACCUUUGCUGGCAGACGUCAACGUCAACCUCUUGUCCCGCUGGAAACUUCUCCAACGGAUGCGCGAUCACUUUUGGGAAAGGUGGUCGCGGGAGUACAUCAACUCACUGGCUUCCCGACCAAAGUGGUUGAAGGACACAGCAAGUCCCGCCGUCGGCGGACUGUGUCUAGUGCGGUCGGACAUCACUCCACCAACCCGAUGGCCACUCGCUAGGAUCACCAAGCUGCAUCCUGGGGACGACGGCGUGACGCGCGUGGUCACUGUACGCACCGCAUCUUCGGAGCUUGUCCGGCCUCUCAUCAAGAUCGUCCUCCUGCCUGGAGCCGACACCGCAGCAUCAACACGCCCGGAUUCGUGA